AUGCUUUUCAGAAACAGUCUAUGGGGCGUCUGUCUCCUGAGCGUCUCGGCCUCGGCCCUGCGCUUUGAGAUCCCAUACUCGCUGCUGCUGGCUAGAAACAAUGUCACCACGGGGGCUGUAGCGGACACUUCGGAUUCUGCCCAGGACGAUGCGUCCACUGCUACCAACUCCAGCACGACCGUGAAUGGAACAGUACCUGCCGAUAUUCCAAACCUCUGCGCCCUGGGCCCCCCCGGUAGUGACAGUGUCAGCGAGGUUUCUGGCCCGACGGCGUCGGGAUGCUCCGACUGCAUCACGGCGUCUGGUGUCAUCAUCGGCACCUCUGUCCCCACAACGCUCGUCCCAGACGACUCGACCGCAAGUGGUGCUGCAGCAAGUGGCUCUGCAGCAAGUGGUUCUGCCGCUGGGACCGGCAGUGCGGUCGACAAGAGGGCAGAGCUGGCACACGUGCCGCGCGCGACGCUCCUGAGCCGUGCGCCAGAAGCCCAGCCCCUCGCCGAGCCGAACCCAGGCGGGCAGGAAGACUUCAUGGAGACCAUCAGGUCGAGCGACAGCACCCAGGCCAUCGGCAUCGUGCCAUCCAAAGACCAGCUCAAGAACUGGAGCAUCACCCUCCAGAUAGACGGCAAGAAUGUGCAGACACCCAUCGGCGUAACUGGUGUCUGGACUCCAUGGCCCAAGGAGCCGACAAACUUCAAGAUGGUUGGUAUGCAUGGCUGCACGGGUGUCCUCAUCGUGGUAUGGUUCCAAUCUUCCCUCCCCCUCACCCCCCCCCCAAGCCUCCCAAGAGUCUUUGCUGAGCCGGGACAGGGCAACUCGGGCUUCUGGGCCGGCCACUGGUGGGAGUCGGCUCUGCCGACCAACAUCAAUGGAGGCAGCUCCUUCAACUACCGCUACGGCUCUGGCGACAAUGAUGUCGUGACGAGGCCUCUUGCGGACUUCAAGAAGAUUGCGGCCGACAUCCUCAAGGCCCCUGCGCCGGCCGGGGCCGACUCGUUUUAUGGCGAUCCUUUUGGGGCGAGCAACGGCGGCGGCGACAUCUACAUCCUGUCCAAGGCUGCAGGUUCAUCGGCAGCACAGCAGAAGAAGCUCAUGUACACGGACCAGAUCCAGCAGCUCCAGCUGGCCAUGCAGAAGUAUGUGCGGCGCAACACGGUCACGAUCCGCCCAUACAUCGGCGCCGAAGACGCCUUCACCGACAACGGCAGCGGUGAGAAGCGCUCGCCCGCCGGGGUGCCGGACUGGCUCAACGGCGUCUCCAUUCUCCAGUACAGCCCUUAUGCCGGGACCAGCAGCAAGGGCUGCCCUGAGGCGCGGGCGAGGGUCUGGGAGGAGAUCAACACCAGCCCGGCCGUCGACAGGUCCUGGCCCGCCAGCGUGGGAGGGUCGAGCAAGCGGGACGCGGCGUGUGCGCUGUCCUCCUCCUCCUCCUCCUCCUCCUCCUUGACGUCGGCGGCGGCCACCGCGAGCCAGCCACCCUGCUACCCGUACGCAGACCCUGACAACGGCGUCCAGGACAGCUGCAUGUGCACCAACGGGGUCAUGGUCUCGGCGGUCACCGCCACCAGCUCCGGCGCGGAGGACCUGUGUCCCUGGACGACUCUCCCUCCCCAGGCCCUGACGACGGCGAAGCCUACCAAGAACACCCUGCAGUACCAGUUCACCUACACCGACCUGUCGUCCAAGGUGAUCGAGUGCGAGACCUUCUCCACACAAGACUAUGCAGGCUACCCGGCCUCCUUCUCCCUAGGCGCCGGCUCCUCGGCGGUCCUCUACGAGCCCCCCGUGGCCAGCAUGGAGCUCGGGUCCUCCAAGGUCAACGUCGCCUCCAUGACAGGGGAGACGCUCUACACUAGCGUUUCCAAUGCUGUUAUGAGCCUGUGCCCAACCCCGACCUCCGAGGGUGCCUGGACGAGCUGCGAGACGGGCACUGUUACCGUGGGCAAGGCCGACUUCCUGGAGAAGGGCGAGCCGCAGGAAGGCGAUGUUACACUGCACCUAACAGAUACGCAGUAUAACUCGUCCGAUUUCCUUAAUCUCUUUGUGAACAUGCUAGCUCGCGGUGCUAAUGCAAGCGCCUCGGGAUCCAACUGCGAUCUUCAGACCUGGGACUACACGACGGAGAGCAUCGCCAGGCGGGAUAUCGCCGGCCGGGUGGACGUUCCCUUGUCCGUGCCCAGCCAGCAUAAGGGGAACGGCACCUUCUGUAAUAUCAACAGCUUCUUCGACACCCAGUUCUAUGAUGGCGUCCAGGAGACUGCCAAGAUGUGGUUCGAGGCCGAGUUCGGCUUCGAGCUCGGCGAGAUGGGCAACUUCGACUGCUCCAGCACCGUCGACCUGGUCGGCGAUGUCCUCAGCGCCAUCUUCGACGCCAUCUUUCCCGAGUUCGCCUGGCUCAUCACCUCGGGCAUCCAGCUCGGCGAGCUGGCCUGCGAGGCCGCCGAGACGUUCAACCCGACCAAGUCGAGACGCGAGAUCGAGGCCGACAGGGCCAGCGCCAAGCUGGCCAGGGCGUGGGAGAAGGAGAUGAAGAAGGACAGGAAGCUGCCGAUGCCGGACCACAGGAAGAGGGAGCUGGGGCUGAUGGACUAG